GCGGAAAUUAAAUCCGCCUCUAGCUUUUCUAGUCAUAUUCCCUAUGAGCGAAGUGAAACGAGCAGCAAGGUCAAGCCUCGGGCCCUGAGGGGGAGAUGACAAAGGAGGAUGUUUCACAGCCUGUCGAGGGGGACGCCGUCCUGGACUGCCACAGCAUACUCUCCUCCUAUCAGCGGCCGGUCAUCCACCAGGUGGCAUCUGCACCCAUGCCCAGCGACUGUGAAUUCUCCUUCUUUGACCCCAGCGAGCCCCAGUGCAGGGACGUUCUUUUGGAUCCCAGCACCAGCAUACCAGAGCUGUUCGCUGUCCUCAGACAGUGGGUCCCCCAGGUCCAGAAGAACAUCGACCUCAUUGGCAAUGAGAUCCUGAAGAGAGGCUGCUGCGUCAACGACCGAGACGGCCUGACAGAUAUGAGCCUGCUGCACUACUGCUGCAAGGCCGGAGCCCCGGGCAUCGGUGACGCCGAAACAGCAGCUGCUUUCGCCCGCCAGCUUCUCGCCCUGGGUGCGGAUCCUAACCUUCGCUCACGCUGGACUAACAUGAGGGCCCUGCACUACGCUGCCUACUUCGAUGUGCCCCAGCUCAUCCGGGUGGUGUUGCAGGCCUCCCAGCCCGGAGAGGUAAAUGCAACCUGCAGCGACUUUGACUUUGGCACCGCCCUGCACAUCGCUGCUUCCAACCUGUGCACAUCAGCUGUUAAAUGUCUCCUGGAGCUGGGAGCCAACCCUGCUUUCAGAAAUGAAAAAGGACAGUGCCCGGCAGACGUGGUGCCCGACCCCCUCGACAUGCCCCUGGAGAUGGCAGACGCAGCCGCCCUGGCCAAAGAGCUCCGCACUCUCCUGAGAGAGGCUCUGCCCCGGCCUAGCUCCCCCCUGCCCCUCACACUGCAAGCCCAGGCCCCUCCUGCUCUCUCCGAUAAGGCCAGGAUACAGCUGGCCACCAUGGGGAUCCGACUAGGUGACCGUGUGGUGAUAGCUGGACAGAAGGUGGGAACGUUGCGAUUCUGCGGCAGCACCGAGUUCUCCGGGGGCCUCUGGGCUGGAGUGGAGCUUGACAAACCAGAGGGGAAGAACGAUGGCUCGGUAGCAGGGGUUCAAUAUUUUACCUGUCGAAUAAAACACGGAAUCUUUGCUCCUCUCUCCAAGAUAAGCAAACCUUUGGAAAGACAUAAAACCAGUACUGUAAAGACGUCUACACCCAUACGCCCACCUCGUCGCCUUGACCUGUCUCGUAUCACUUCCAAGAUAAACACAGGUUUAACUCCAUCUGUCAAAAAAAGCCCUGAUAAUCAAAGUCCACCUAGUCCCAACCAGGGCACAGAGGGAGACGCCUCAGAGACAAAGACAGGUGUCCUCUCCCGCUCCCUCUCCUCUUCGUCCUCCUCGCUUGACUCUCGGCACGGGCCGGCCUCUCGACCGCGUCCGCUGCCAAGGCAACGUCUUCCAGCCAGACAGCGACGGGAGCGCGUCUCUCCGAGUCCCAGGACGACACCCUCUCCAGCCCUGCGCUCCUCUCCUGGCAGCACCUCACUUCCUCCUGCAGGUCCCAGAAGCCGAACCCCCUCAGCUAGCAGCUCUGUGUGCGAGGGCCCCGAGGUGCGCCUAGGGGAGAGGGUGCUGGUCGUAGGCCAGAGGACUGGUGUGGUCCAGUUUUAUGGAAAGACCAGCUUUGCUCCAGGGCUGUGGUUGGGUAUCGAACUGGACAAACCCAGUGGUAAGAAUGAUGGAUCAGUGGGAGGAGUGAGGUACUUCAGCUGCCCACCAAAACAUGGCGUCUUUGCUCCUCCGUCUCGUGUUCAAAGGAUCCAUGGAUCUGUUGAUUGCCUCUCCGAGCUCUCAUCCUCUCGUCUCAGUCACCCUUUCAGCGGGACCAUCCGUCGCAGUUUCAGCACAUCAUCGGCCAUCGCACCCCCGAAGGAAACGAGCAGAAGGAGCCCCGUUACCAGAAGUCGCUCCAACCCUCAUCGCAGGCGCUGGAGCACCCUCAGCGGCGGUAGCGGCAGUGUUCCGGGGAGCACGGCAGGGUCCAGCCCCUCGCCCAGCACUGACGGCCAGGUGCGCCUCCACGUGGGCAUGCAGGUCCUGCUGAGCAGCGCCAAUGAGAUGGCGUUCAUCCGUUACCUGGGCACGGCGGACUUUGCGCAGGGCCUCUGGCUCGGUCUGGAGCUGCGAGGCACAAAGGGCAAGAAUGAUGGCUCAGUUGGAGGCCGCCGCUACUUCACCUGCCGACCCGGCCACGGCGUGCUGGUCCGUCCCAGCCGCGUCACAUACCACGGCAUCAACGGUUCUCGCUUGGUGAAUGAAAACAGUUGAGAAUGGUAGCAAACAGACUGGGGCGUGUAGGGAGGCUUCCACAACAUAUCUGUUACGUGUUUUGACUUUAUGUUUACGAGCUACACUAAAGCUAAAAGUUCGAGUUUAAAAGUUUUUCUUUUCAUGCACAUAGUUUGUUCUCUGUACCCCUCCAAGAAGUGGUGUGGGUUACAGUGGUAAAACCAGUUAUUAAUAGGUCAAAUUUAAACUGCUAGAUUAGUUCUUGGAAAAAAAUGUAGGCGGCUAAGAAAGCACUUUAUUCAAUUAACUUAAAAUUCUCAUUAGAAUUGGUCUUGGCAGGAUGGGGGGAAGAAAAAGUCUUUACAAGACAUAAAACACUGCACUACUUUGAAUCUGAUUGCACUGAAAAACAUCAGAAUGAUGGAUCAAAAUAUGAAAAAGUGGAUUGUAUGGAUGUGAAUACAUGAACAUUUAUUUCUAUACACAAAGCUAAAUUUGGUCACAUCGAGGAGAUUUUUAUCAGAUUAUUUAGGUGAUGUAGCCUACUCUAACCAAAAGUGUGCAUAUGUUUCUGUUUUUGUGUGUGUGUGUAUGCGUGCAUGUGUGCAUUAAGUAAGAGCACUUUGAAACUAAAAGGAUGGAUUUUUGCAGGGUUGUCAUAUGGCUUACAGAUAAUUGAUGGAAGUCGAGUCAAAACUUGAUAUUCAUUUUAUGAUUCCAUGUGAAUCCAAAAGGAAUUAAUUAAGCUAAACCCUCUAUUAGCCUCGAUCAGAAUAAAACCACGUCAACACAAGCUGUGCUACUUGGGGCACAUCAAGCUUUGCCACAAACUGUCCAUUAGUCCUACGCAGCUAUCAAUGUUUGCAUUGUGCUACAGGGCUGCAAAAAUUCUACUUAUUGAUUCUGUUCUGCUUUUGCAGACUGGUAACAUUGCUGAGGCAGUGGUGUCAGUUAUAUCGCAGUUGAAUCUCAAUUUGGAAGGUAACUACCUAUAAAGUACAUUACGUUCAGUUGGGGAAAACACCUGAUUUUAAAACCUGAUUUGUGUUCAGAUUGAGUUUUCAGACCUUUCUGAGCUGUCACAAUUUUAUCACAUAGUCAGAGUUGACAUUUAGUGCAAAUCUGAAUGUGAUAACUUUAUUUUGAACUGUGAAAUCGACAAAUGCCACUUGUUAAAACUGCAAUUUCAGUCUUAUAGAGAGUUCCCAACUGUAGUCUCAGGCCAAACUUCUCCUCAGUAGUUUGGUAUCAUUACAAUUGUUGAUGACCACAUUUCAGAGCACUGAAUGUGGCGUAAUAGCAUUUGACGUCUAAUUAAAGCAGCUCGAUACAGGAAAUAUGCAAUCAUCCCAAAGUUUAAAAGGAUAGAGUUUGCUGUUUGAUUAGAUCCUGUGCGGGGAAACUCAGCAGAGAACAAGCCAUCGAUUGUGCAUGUGGAAAACAGGGCCUCUAUUCAGUAAAACACUCAUGCAUCAUCCACUCGGGGCGUGUAGACCACAGCGGUAGCCGGAGAAUCUCCAAUGGCUCUCUCAUUGAUCUGUCUGGUCUGGGCCCCCCCUGUGACUGAAAAGCAGUAGUGGUCAAGCCUAAGGUUGUCUGAAAUCUCUGCCACACACACGAAACAAGCAAAAGCUCCAGUAUUUUCUAAAAUCCUACUUAAACAUUUUUAAUCAACUCAUUCCUCCUUUGAAAAUAGCUUCUCAUUUACAUAAAGGCUAUCUCUGUGAUUAGUUCCGCGGCGUUUCUCUCCACAUUUCAAAUCUCAUCUAUAGAUAUACUCUCAUACUUUCUGUGUAUCUGCAAUCCCAGUUGUAUUAACAGCAUGAGUGAAUUCACUGACGGGUAUGAAAGUCUUUUGGCGCUAUGCUCUCGCGAGGGAUUUUUUUUUUUUCUUUUUAAAUGAAAUUCCUGAUAUGUAUAUUUGAAGUGUGACUGCGUGAGAGAUGGAUUUGAUGUUGAUGCAUUUACAUGUUGUGCAAAAUAACAGUAUUUGUAAAAAAAAAAAAAAAAAAAAAAGAGAGAAGAAAAAAUAAAAUAAAAGACUAUUCUAAUUUGACCUCUCAUAUCCACGACUCUAUUUCUUCUUU